AUGUAUGAAGAGGAGGUCAAACUCAGGCUCAGGCAAAAUGUUGUUAAUGCUGAAGAAAAUUUUAGGGUUGUGAAAGAGAAGGAAAAGAUGGAACAAGACCUUAGGUUUUUUAAACUAGAUUUUGCUAACAUGGUGGCUGACAAGGAGCAGGCAAUUACUGAAUUAGGCAACACAAGGCUAGCUCUCUCUGACCUAAAGAUAGAACUUGAGAAGAAGAAAAUGUCUGACAAAUCUCUGAUGAACAUUCAUCAAGUGAUAAGGGCUAAGGCAGCGAAAGAGAGGGAUGAGAUGAAGCAAGAGAGGGACAAUAUGAUUGAAGAGAGGGACAAAUUUAAGGAAGAAAGGGAUCAGUUGAAGAAAGAGAUAAAGAAGCUAGAGUAUAUGAUUGGUGACUUGUUCAAGCAUAAGAAAGACACCAAGUGCCAGAUAAGGAAGGUUAGGGAGAUGCUUGAUGAACGUGAGUGA